GACUGGGAUCGUCUGCUUUAUUCUCGCGAUCGUCCGAGAAAUGUACUGCGCGCGUAGUAUCGCGAUUCUGUUCCGGUGAUGUGAUUGCUGUGUUUUUUCUUAACGUUUUAUAGUUUAAAAUUCAAAAAACAUUUGUCAACCAUCAAAAAUCGGAUUUUCACAUUACGAGCGUCCGGAUACAUAAUAAUAUAAGUGAAUUCCGAAGACGCCCAAAAUGUUGUGGCAGUUUUUGCCCGUGUGCUUUCUGGCAGUCCUCGUUAAGGCUGGCGGAUCGCCGCUGGACGUUGGCGUGGACCCCAGCCAAGAUGAUUCCGGAGUGAUAAUGAUGAACUCCGCCAUGGCCGAUCGGUUCGUGCGCCAGAGCGGUUACGGGCAUGAAAACGGCGUCGAACACAGGGUGCAACUCAAGGGCAUCCGCGUGGACUGCGGCGCUGCGUCAGCUGACGGCGUCAUAGCCGUGGAAAUCGAAUUCCUGGAACCGUUUAACGGCGUGAUCUACAGCAAAGGUCGACACGACGAUCCCAAAUGCAAAUUUGUGCAGAGUGAUUCAGGACAAUACUCAUAUCAGUUCCUAAUACCAAUUGAAGAUUGUCGUCCUCCUGUAAAUGAGGGUUGUUCAUCUACUGAAGAUGGUGGUGGUUGUGAUUUAGGUUCUAUUGAAAAUACAAUAAUAAUCCAGACAGAUAGUACAAUACAGGAAGAAUGGGAUUUAGCACGAAAAGUCUCAUGUCCGUCGGAGACAAAACCAGGUACAGGUAAACGAGUACGAUUCAAGCCUAUAGUAGUCGAUAUGUUAGAAGUUGUUUCUGUUCCUUCCGGAAAUGAAGGCACACUUCAAUGUUGGAUGGAUAUACAAAGAGGUCAAUAUCCAAAUACAUCACCAGUUGAUAAGAUCAUAAAAAUUGGGGAAUCGCUUUCAUUAAUUGUAUAUGUAAAAAGUACUGAUGAAGCUUACGAUGUAAGAGUAAGAGAAUGCUGGGCAUAUGAUAAUGAUAAUUAUGAAUCCGCAACCACUACAAGUAUACAAUUGACAGAUUCAUCAGGAUGUCCAAAGAGAAAAAAAUUAAUAUCACAAUGGAAAAAAACUCAAACUGUUGACCAAAAAGGUAUAACAACAAUUGGAUACACAAAUGUCACAGCAUUCAAAUUCCCAGACAAACACCAAGUGUACCUCACUUGUAAUGUCGAAUUAUGUUUGGGAAGUUGUCCAGAAGAAAAAUGUCAAGCAGCUUUACCAGGUUUUAUUCCAUCGACAACGCUAGCACCCAUUUGUUAUCCAGGAUCAAAUGAUCCGAGGUGUCCGAAACCUACAUUGCCACCAACCACACCAGCACCAGUGUGCUAUCCAGGAUCAAAUGACCCAAGAUGUCCUAAACCAUCACCUCCUCCAACAUACUACCCUUCACCAUCAACGCCAGCUCCACCAGUAUGCUACCCUGGAUCAAAUGAUCCAAGGUGUCCUAAACCAUCACCUCCUCCAACGUACUAUCCACCAUCAUCAACACCAGCUCCACUUGUUUGCUACCCAGGAUCAAAUGACCCAAGAUGUCCAAAACCAACAUUACCACCAACCACUCCCGCACCAGUGUGCUAUCCAGGAUCAAAUGACCCAAGAUGUCCUAAACCAUCGCCUCCUCCAACAUCUUACCCCAUUCCAUCAACACCAGCUCCACCUGUAUGUUAUCCAGGAUCAAAUGAUCCAAGAUGUCCUAAACCAUCGCCUCCUCCAACAUACUACCCUUCACCAUCAACGCCAGCUCCACCAGUCUGCUACCCAGGCUCAAAUGAUCCUAGAUGUCCUAAACCAUCUCCACCUCCAACAUCUUACCCCAUUCCAUCAACGCCAGCUCCACCAAUAUGCUACCCAGGCUCAAAUGAUCCUAGAUGUCCUAAACCAUCUCCACCUCCAACAUCUUACCCCAUUCCAUCUACUCCAGCUCCACCAGUUUGCUACCCAGGCUCAAAUGAUCCUAGAUGUCCAAAACCAACACCACCACCAACUACUCCCGCACCAGUGUGCUAUCCAGGAUCAAAUGACCCAAGAUGUCCUAAACCAUCGCCUCCUCCAACAUCUUACCCCAUUCCAUCAACACCAGCUCCACCUGUAUGUUAUCCAGGAUCAAAUGAUCCAAGAUGUCCUAAACCAUCACCUCCUCCAACAUACUACCCUUCACCAUCAACGCCAGCUCCACCAAAUUGCUACCCUGGAUCAAACGACCCAAGAUGCCCGAAACCAACACCACCACCUACUACACCAGCACCAGUUUGCUAUCCAGGAUCAAAUGACCCAAGAUGUCCUAAACCAUCGCCUCCUCCAACAUACUACCCUUCACCAUCAACGCCAGCUCCACCAGUAUGCUACCCAGGCUCAAAUGAUCCUAGAUGUCCUAAACCAUCGCCUCCUCCAACAUACUACCCUUCACCAUCAACGCCAGCUCCACCAGUCUGCUACCCUGGAUCAAAUGACCCAAGGUGUCCAAAACCAACACCACCGCCUACAUCUUACCCCGUCCCAUCAACACCAGCUCCACCUGUAUGUUAUCCUGGAUCAAAUGAUCCUAGGUGUCCAAAACCAUCACCUCCUCCAACAUACUAUCCUUCACCAUCAACUCCAGCACCGCCUAUAUGUUAUCCAGGAUCAAAUGAUCCGAGGUGUCCUAAACCAUCUCCACCUCCAACAUCUUACCCCAUCUCAACAACACCAGCUCCACCUGUAUGUUAUCCAGGAUCAAAUGACCCAAGAUGUCCAAAACCAACACCACCACCAACUACCCCAGCACCAGUUUGCUACCCAGGAUCAACUGACCCAAGGUGUCCAAAACCAUCUACGCCUCCAAAUACUUAUUUACCUCCAUCAACUCCGGCACCACCAGUAUGCUAUCCGGGAUCAAAUGACCCAAGGUGUCCAAAACCAACACCACCACCAACUACUCCCGCACCAGUGUGCUAUCCAGGAUCAAAUGACCCAAGAUGUCCUAAACCAUCGCCUCCUCCAACAUCUUACCCCAUUCCAUCAACACCAGCUCCACCUGUAUGUUAUCCAGGAUCAAAUGAUCCAAGAUGUCCUAAACCAUCACCUCCUCCAACAUAUUACCCCAUUCCAUCUACUCCAGCUCCACCAGUAUGCUACCCGGGAUCAAAUGACCCAAGAUGUCCAAAACCAUCACCACCACCAACUACCCCAGCACCUGUCUGCUACCCAGGAUCAACUGAUCCGAGAUGUCCAAAACCAACACCUCCACCAACUACUCCAGCACCAGUUUGCUAUCCAGGAUCAACUGACCCGAGAUGUCCAAAACCAUCUCCGCCUCCUACAUACUAUCCUUCUCCAUCAACGCCCGCACCACCAGUUUGCUACCCUGGAUCAAAUGACCCAAGAUGUCCAAAACCAACACCUCCUCCAACUACUCCAGCACCAGUUUGCUACCCAGGAUCAACUGAUCCAAGAUGUCCAAAACCAUCACCUCCUCCAACAUAUUACCCCAUUCCAUCUACUCCAGCUCCACCAGUAUGCUACCCGGGAUCAAAUGACCCAAGAUGUCCGAAACCAACACCACCACCAACUACUCCAGCACCAGUUUGCUACCCAGGAUCAACUGAUCCAAGAUGUCCAAAACCAACACCACCACCAACUACUCCGGCACCAGUUUGCUACCCAGGAUCAAAUGACCCGAGAUGUCCAAAACCAACACCUCCUCCAACAUAUUACCCCAUUCCAUCUACUCCAGCUCCACCAGUAUGCUACCCGGGAUCAAAUGACCCAAGAUGUCCAAAACCAACACCGCCAUCAACUACCCCAGCACCAGUAUGCUACCCGGGAUCAAAUGACCCAAGAUGUCCAAAACCAACACCGCCACCAACUACCCCAGCACCAGUAUGCUACCCGGGAUCAAAUGACCCAAGAUGUCCAAAACCAACACCGCCACCAACUACCCCAGCACCAGUUUGCUACCCUGGAUCAACUGACCCAAGGUGUCCAAAACCAUCUACGCCUCCAAAUACUUAUUUACCUCCAUCAACUCCGGCACCACCAGUAUGCUACCCGGGAUCAAAUGACCCAAGGUGUCCAAAACCAUCACCUCCUCCAACAUAUUACCCCAUUCCAUCUACUCCAGCUCCACCAGUAUGCUACCCGGGAUCAAAUGACCCAAGAUGUCCAAAACCAACACCACCACCAACUACCCCAGCACCUGUCUGCUACCCAGGAUCAACUGAUCCGAGAUGUCCAAAACCAACACCUCCACCAACUACUCCAGCACCAGUUUGCUACCCAGGAUCAAAUGACCCGAGGUGUCCUAAACCAUCACCUCCUCCAACAUAUUACCCCAUUCCAUCUACUCCAGCUCCACCAGUAUGCUACCCGGGAUCAAAUGACCCAAGAUGUCCAAAACCAACACCUCCUCCAACUUCCCCAGCACCUGUUUGCUACCCAGGAUCAACUGAUCCAAGAUGUCCAAAACCAUCACCUCCUCCAACAUAUUACCCCAUUCCAUCUACUCCAGCUCCACCAGUAUGCUACCCGGGAUCAAAUGACCCAAGAUGUCCAAAACCAACACCACCACCAACUACCCCAGCACCUGUUUGCUACCCAGGAUCAACUGAUCCAAGAUGUCCAAAACCAUCACCUCCUCCAACAUAUUACCCCAUUCCAUCUACUCCAGCUCCACCAGUAUGCUACCCGGGAUCAAAUGACCCAAGAUGUCCAAAACCAACACCACCACCAACUACCCCAGCACCUGUCUGCUACCCAGGAUCAACUGAUCCGAGAUGUCCAAAACCAACACCUCCACCAACUACUCCAGCACCAGUUUGCUAUCCAGGAUCAACUGACCCGAGAUGUCCAAAACCAUCUCCGCCUCCUACAUCGUACCCUAUCCCAUCAACACCAGCUCCACCUGUAUGUUAUCCAGGAGCAACUGAUCCAAGAUGUCCAAAACCAACACCUCCACCAACCACUCCUGCACCAGUUUGCUAUCCAGGAUCAUCUGAUCCAAGGUGCCCAAAACCUUCUCCGCCUCCCACAUCUUAUCCAACACCAACACCAACAGUUCCUGAACCGAUAUGUUACCCAGGAUCAAAGGAUCCAAGGUGCCCGAAACCAUCACCACCACCUACAUCUUAUCCAGUACCUUCUAAACCGUCACCUUCUCCAAUAUACUAUCCGCCAUCUUCAACACCAGCUCCGCUGGUUUGUUACCCAGGAUCGACUGAUCCAAGGUGUCCACAAAUUGCUCCUGUUCAAACGCCUUUCGUUUGUGUGUGCAAUAGUUCAACUCCUAAACCUAUUACACCUCCGUUAUGUUAUCCUGGUUCCACCGAUCCUCGCUGCAUUAGUCAAGAGUCAUUAGUAUGUUAUCCUGGAUCUCCGGAUCCAAGAUGCCCUCAAUAUCCUUCUUCGACACAAUAUCCACCUACGUAUUUACCGCCUUUAGAACCAGGCUAUGGUCAAGGAAAUAACCAAUUCAUACAAGAAGUGACUACCCAAUAUCCAUCAUAUAUAUCUACAGAUGACAGUUUUGGUGGUCAGCAGCAACUGGAUCUUUUUAAUAAAGCUUUAAAUGGUUUUAAUAUUCAAAGGAGAGAUGUAGAGUCUGGUAUUCGACAGUUGAAGUCGCAGUUGAAAAAUGAAAUUGGUAACGAAAAUUUAGAUGCUUUAGAUAGCUUAGGAGAUGAUGUAUUAUUUGAGUUACAAAAUCAGUCGGAAUCUCUGAAAAAGCGUUAAACCUAAUUGUUCAUUUAAAAUAAUAGCUUUAUAAAGACAUUUUUAAUUUGCCAAUUCAAAUGUAUGAUUUAUUUAAAUUGCUCAAGUGUGUUAUGUAUAAAAGAUUGUUACCGACCAUCGUUACCAUUUACCACUUUAUAAUAAUGUUUUAUAUGUUAAUUUCAUAUAUUUUGUAUACAUGUUAAUAUGUUUUUUUUUAUUAAAUGUAUUUUUAUAUUUA